AUGUCCGGCUAUUCCGUACCGGUUUCCGACUCGCGUUGCCAACUCGUUGCUCUUAGCGGUCUUCUUUGCUUCCGUCACGCCGGUCGCUUGUUCCAAUGCAUCACCCUCAACUUUGGCGCGCGGGUUAGCAGUUUUUACUGGGCGCGUUGUGCCGGCCUGCUCAUGCGCCUGCUCCGCCGGCUUCUACGCGUCCGGCACUCGUCGUGGAUUUAUGUCGAUGACAUUCUCGCUCUCUUUGACCGCGUCUCCGCCCCACUUUGGGCUUCCGUGGUCGUGGUUCUUCUUUUAUGCCUCAAGAUUCCGAUGAGCUGGCGCAAGGGGAUGUUGGCCCCGUCCGUGUUGUGGAUCGGAUGGCAGAUGGACUUUGACGGUUUCACCGUCCGUCUGGACCCUGCCAAGUUGUCUCGUCUGGUGGAACUUGCCAUGCUGCUUCUCCAAUCGCGGGACUGCUUUGUCCGCGACUUGGAGCGCCUCACCGGCAAGCUGCUUUGGCUCUCCUCCCUUUUCCGUUGCUUCCGCCCUUCUUUGGCUCCGCUCUACGCGGAUCAGCGCUCUUUCACACCGGUCCUCACGGCGGUCAUCCGCUUGUGGUUGGACUUAGCCAAGUCUGGUUCCGACAUUCGUUCACUCAUACUCCCGCCCCGCUUCGAGUGCACGGCGUUUGCUGAUGCAUGUGCCGACGACGCUUCCGUGGGCAUGGGAGGUUUUGUCCGUCUGCAGGACCAGCGGCAGUUGUUCUUUCAGAUUACCCUCGGUAAGCCUGACAUGCUCCGGCUGUUUCCUUGGCUUCCCUCCGACUGCUCCCUGCAGUCUUUUAUAGCCACUUGGGAGCUCGCCGCACAAGCUGCUUUGCUGCUCUUGCUUCACCGUCUUUUGGGGGAGGGACACCUCCCUUGCCAUACCGUUUUCCGAUGCGACAACUCAGCUGCCGAGUCUGCACCAGGAAGGGCCUCACGAUGGCUGUCGGGUUGUGCUCCGUGCUCCGUUCCUUCUUUAUCCUGCAGGAACGCCUGCGCAUCUCCGCACACGUGGACCAUGUCCCCGGCGUGUCUAAUGAAGUUGCGGAUGGACUCAGCCGUGGCGUGGACUCUGCCGACUUCAAUUUCCGUCCGUGCGAACGUUUCGGAAUUGAGUGGAGCGUCAUAUCCUCCGUCUCCCCAAUGCAGUUCCACCCGUCUUUUGAACCUUUUCGGGGUUUCUUUGCCGUCUGAUGUUCGGGGUCUUGCCUUGCUUGAGGGUCUUUUGGGGCGGUUCCCCUGUCGGGUCAAGCGUACGGCUCGAGUCACGUUGGUUCGACCGCCGCCAAAAGGACUGCUACUGGACCGGAGAUCCGUUUCCGUCCAACCGAGGUGCGUCUCACCGGACCUCCGGACUUCAGGCAUCCGACCGAGUGCUGCGAGUGUUUCCAUAGUCACAUAA